AUGGCUUCAGUUACUAGCCUCGACCAGGACAUGCGCAAAUUGCGCCUGGACCGAUAUACGCCUGGCGCCGCUAAAGAAGUCAGAGCUUGGAUAGAAGAAACCCUGGGCGAAAGAUUACCUCCGGGGGACCUGAUGGAUGCCCUGAAAGAUGGUGUCGCUCUCUGCAAGCUUGCCAUUCGCGCUGGAUGUCCCGGCGUUAAAUAUAAACAGUCCAAUAUGCCCUUUGUACAGAUGGAGAAUAUCUCACAUUUCCUGCGCGCCUGCGAAAUGGCUCCCUUGAACCUCCCAUCCCACGAUCGCUUUCUGACCGUGGAUCUCUACGACGGCAAGGACCCCGCCCAAGUGCUACAAUGUAUCGCUGCUUUCAGCCGAAGAGCCAAUGCUGUCAAUCCGUCUACCUAUCCUACAACCCUCGGCGCAAAGAGCAAAGGCUCAUCCAUGAGCCCACAAGGCACUGGCUCCAGCGGACCACGAUCCCCCGCCUACAUUACAACCUCCACCACUCGCUCCCGUGGAACCAGCAAUGCUACGCCCGAGAGCCCGUCAAUCACAUUCAACCCCCUAAACAGAGCCGCCUAUUCCGGUCGAAUCAGUCCUACCAAGUCCACCCCAACAAACACCCUGGCCCGUGGUGGUCUCGCUUCCGGCGGUGCCGUCAGCACGUGGAGUAACGCUGCCGAUGAAGGCAAGACUGCUCCAGCCUGGAACAUCCAUCAAUAUGGUUACAUGGGUGGUGCAAGCCAAGGAAACCAAGGUGUCGUAUACGGUGCAAGAAGACAAAUCACCUCACCUGCUCCGAAUGUUCCUAGCCUGGCAGAGAAAGAGAAGCGCCUUAAAGAAGAAGCCGAGCAGAAACGUCUGGCUGAGGAAGAGUACCAACGAGCCCAAGCUGCCCAACGCCAGGCCGAGGAGGAAGAAGCCAAGCGCGAGGAGGAGAGGAGAUGGGCGGAAGAAACCCGCCGCCAGAGAGAGCUGGAGGCCGAACAACAGCGUGCUGCAGAACGCAGACGCCUCCAAGACGAAGAACGCGUUCGUCAAGAUGAACAGCGACGUCAAGAACGAGCCUAUGAGCGAGAACGCGAGCGUGAGGCUCAGGAUCAAGCCGAACGAGAAGCUGUCAGUACCCGGAACCAAGAGCGCGCCACCUCCGAUGCAAGAUUGAACGGUCAGUUCCUCAGCCAGUAUCAAUCCGACCAGGCCCGCAGUCCUCCUCCAGCUCAGCCAAUUGCCUCCCAAGCAAAUAGUGAGAGCCAACGUAUUGCAGAACUCGAACGCCAACUCGAAGAGAUGCGAGCCCAACAAAGGCGUGGCCCUCCCCAGCCCUCCCAACAAUCUCAACCCGAGCCACCAGCUCCAGCGCUUCCCAUUCGUUCACAUGCUUCCACAGCAGCACCGGUGCGAACAAGCCAUGAAGACGAUUGGGCAUCUUCAGAACGAGAUUUGCUCAAAUCUGAAUGGCAAAAGGCCCAGCACGACCCCUCCUCUCUCCCUCCGAAACCAAGCCGUGCCGAUCAAGCCUCCAGACCUCUACCCGACCCCGCGACCUACAGUGCCAAUAGCAACCGCACCGACCGCUUUCUCUCAUCCAAUGCAGCUCCUCAAGCUGCCCGACCCAGCCAACACCGCUAUCAAGAUUACAGCACCACCAGUGAAGUCGAUGCCGAGAACGCCCGACGAGCCGCCUCACAGCAGAAGACCAAAGCCGGGGCCUGGGCCAGUAAAUCUCUACUCGAGCGUGAGAUGGAACGCGAACGUGAGCGUCAGCGAGAGUGGGAGGAAGGGCAGCAGGCCACACAGGUGGCGGCACGUGACCUCAAGGAAGGGUCAGGGCCUGGUCAGACCUGGGAUGUUCAUCAAUAUGGCUAUAUGGGUGGUGAUAGUCAGAAUCGAGGCGGGGCUGGGCUGGGUAUUGGCGGUGCAAGGAGGCAGAUUAUCGGGCCGAGACCGCCACCUUGA